AGAUCGUAAUGUUAUCUGAUGGAAACUGGAGUUUUUCUCAGAAAACCUAAAGAACAUAUCAGAAAAUUCUGGACAAAAAUAUAUCGAUUUUCUUUUUCGAUGUUCUAUCUUUGAUAUAAAUUUCGCCUUGAUCAAACAUCGGCUUCUCUAGUUUUCAAGAGGGUCAAAAAAAGAGACAGGGAGGGUACCCUUAAGGUUUUUAUGUAUGAUUAAUUUUGAUCAUGCCUUUUGAACAUGGUGUUAAAUUAUAUAUUGUUGCCUAUAUAACAGUGAUGUAGUGUCAUAUACCUACCAGAUUAACUGCAAUUUUCUGAUUCACAUUUUUGAACAUGAUCAGAAUUAAUCAUGAUUAGUUUAAGCGUGAUUGACGGUGCCGUAUAAAUGUAGUAUAGGUCAUUCAAGUAUUAAUGAAAAUGUAAAUAAAGAAAUUAUUGCCACUUUUUGGGAUUAUAGACAUUAUACUGAUAGAUUUGAACGAGAAAAGAAUAAUGAAAGUAGAUGAUGGUCUCAACAUUUACAUUCUAAGUGGAAUAACAUAUAUUUCUUUAUUGAUCGUUACAAUCUAUAAUAGAUAUUGCUAAUUAUUCGUUAAUUUGUAUUUUUACAAUGGACAACUGUUCACUCUUGCUGAACAAAUAUUCCUUGAAUGAAUUAGAUAACUGUUUCCUGAAUCUUCUGUUUUUGUCUCAUUACUCUCUCUUUCUCUCUUUAUCGUAUUUCUUCGAUAUUUUGUUCAAAUGUUGAUAAGAUUAGUUCUAUGUGGGGAAAGUGUACAAGACAUUAUUUUAUAAUGCAAUGUUUUGAUACUGUUGCCAAUGUUACCUUUUCAAUUAUUUUUUAAUGGUAUAAUUUUGUAUUUGAUACUAAAUUUGAAAUGGGCUUCAAUGGUCGAUUUAAACGUCAUGGAUUACAAACGUAAGCUUUACAAUACUAGCAUUAAUACUGCCAUUUUGAGCGUUUGUUUUACCACUUACUUUUUCUGUUCUAUAAUGAUGUCUAUUUUGCUAUAUUUUAAAAGAAAUCUUUUAAUUAAAUGUUAUAUCAAUGUAUGAAUUGUUGUUAUUUCUCUAAUUAGCAUCUUCUUCUAAAUUUUAUUCAAGACAUUCGUCUUAUUUGUUUAGAUUUCAGAGAAAAAAUCAAUGAUAGUAAAAAACAAUUAUUUGAAAUAAAAUCUGCCAAAAUCUCUUCUGAUCAUCAAUUAACUAUUUUUAAACGUCCAAUUCAAAGUAGACAUGAAAUACAUAAAAAUUAUACGCAUCUAGAUAUUCAGAAUGAAACACAAUUGAUUUAUGUUGUGUCUAAUGAUGAAAAAGAAGAAGAAGAAGAAGAAGAUAAAUCAUUUGAAUUAAAUCGUCAAUUACAAUUAUCUACACAAAAAUAUUUAAUUGGUAUUAGCAGUGUUAGUGCUGGUACGGCUCUAGUUCUAAUUACAUUUAUCGUACCUAUUCUUGUUAUUAUUCGAAGAUCAGAUGAAAGACGUCUUCAACGUCCAUUAAACCGACGACGAUCUCGUAUAAAUUCAUUACAAUUACAACAUUUAAGAAUUCAUGAAUUUUUAUAA